AUGAACCAUGAGUUUGUGGUCAUGAAGGAAAUGAAUGUUAGCAACGUUGAAGAGGCAGAGCAUGGACUUGCGGAUGACACUUCGAGCGAUGAGCUCGAGCCGGUGGAUGACCAUAUGGAGGAGGAGCAUGAGUUAUCGGCGGAUGAUUUGUUCCAGUUUGAGCCACUGUCCGAGCAGAAAAUCGCACAAGCAGCUGAGAGCUACCGCAUUCAAGAACAGGCCAUAGAGCGUAAUCACUACGAACUCGAUAACCUUGAUCAGAUCAUCCUGAAGAACUCAGACCCGUUGCCAAAUCGUACAUUUGCGGGCAUCAACUCCGUAGAGAUGUGUGAGUCUGGACAAGCGGAAUGUGUUCAGCCGUUUGCGAAGAUUCGUCCUCUUAUUGUGACAUCGCCGAAUCACCACCUGAUGUCAUGCCUCAUUCAAAAAACCAUGUCCACAGUGAUGUCGGCCAUAUUCUGUUUUCUUGUGCGAGAAAAAGAAUUCAUCGAUGCCGGUCGCAGUAUUCUUAGAGAAUAUCCUGACAUACGGUGGGUUGUCUCUAUUUUCCUUAAAUUUUCUGUCAUUUUCCUUGUUCUUCAUACAAAGACGUUUCCAUCGAUUACCGAACAAAGGAGAAGAGCACAAACGCACCGUGAACCAUAUAUUAGAUUCUAUAGUCUUCUCCAC